AUGACUCCAUCAGCCCUCGUGGGAAAGCAGGAUAACCCUUUCAUUUCCCAAUUAGAUUCCCAUUGCCGGCUCCAAGCUCUUCUCCUUUUUCUUUUAUCUCCUGUCGACUCCAUCUACUGUGGAUCUCGAUUAAUAGCACAGUUUAAAGUAGCUAAGAUCCCUGACGAUGCUCUCGAGAAAGUGACCACUGGACGUCGGCUCCGUUUUGAUUUGUGGUUUUUUGAAGCCAUAAUUCCCGUACCGCCCUCCUGGCCAGGCCUCGAGAAUAUUCAUUUCCAGAUAUUAGAAAAGUUGCUUUAUUUUCUGGCACCCGAAAUUCCACUUUCGGAACUGUCUCUCCGUUGGAGGGACCACGAUGAUCAUUACCCCUCAUUCAAGCAAAGGUCAGAGAUUCCUGCCCCAUUCUCCCGACCUCUGAAAUAA